AUGUACACUACCUCGCGUUUUUCUGCACCACCUGUCGCCACGCCUCUAGUCCAUCGGACAAGCAGAGUCGCCAAUACCAGCACCAUGACUACUAGUACUAAUAUUGCCCCGGUGCGAUAUUUCUGGGACAAGGACCCGGACUUUGACGACAUUAUCCACAAUCCUGACCCCAUCGUGGAUACUAGAAUGGACCGCUCGUGCUCCCCUUUCUCCACGCGUGGCUGGGAAAAUGCAAGCACACUUGUAGUCAUUCUUAUGGGGCUAAUCACCCUAUUCAUCGGUUUCCCCGUCAUCACAUAUUACAAACGCACAGUCAAUACUGUGUCUGGAUUUAACCUUGGUGGAAUCAAUGCCACUCGACAGAUACCGGAAUUUCCAGGGCUCCCGAGCCUCAUAGAUACGGAUACUCCCACGGAUGCGUAUUCGCGUACAGGGCACGAUGGAAAAAAGUACAACUUGGUGUUCAGUGACGAGUUCAACACCGAUGGACGCACGUUCUAUCCGGGAGAUGAUCCAUAUUGGGAGGCAGUUGACAUGCACUAUUGGCCUACGGGUGAUCUUGAGUGGUACGAUCCGAGUGCUGCCAUCACACGAGAUGGAAAGUUAGUGCUUACAAUGACCGAAGAAAAUAUUCAUGACCUCAAUUUCAAGAGUGCUAUGAUUACUUCAUGGAACAAAUUAUGCUUCACUACUGGAUAUAUCGAAGUUUCUAUCAGUAUGCCUGGUAGUCCCCGGGCAGCGGGUUUAUGGCCUGGUGCAUGGACUAUGGGAAACUUGGGCCGUGCCGGCUACGGUGCCACCACAGAAGGAACGUGGCCGUACAGUUACGACUCCUGCGACCUGGGCACAUUCCCAGGACAAACUACAGCAUCAGGCGAACCAGCUGCCGCAAAUACUGGUGGGAACGACGGCUCACCAAUCAGCUCCCUCCCUGGACAACGCCUCUCUGCAUGCACAUGCGACGGAUCUGACCACCCAGGACCCACCUCCAGCACAGGGCGCGGUGUCCCAGAAAUCGAUAUCAUCGAACACCGAAUUGACACGACAAUUUGGCAAGGCCAGGUUUCACAAAGUUACCAGGUUGCGCCGUUCAAUUACCAUUAUGAUUUUGAUAACUCGUCCAGAGUGACAACUAUCUAUGACGAUAGGAUAACUGAGUUCAAUUCAUAUAAGGGUGGUAAUUUGCAGCAGUCGGUGUCAACGCUGACAUACAUCGAUAAGACACUAUAUAAUGGAACUGGAUAUGGGGCGUACGGAUACGAGUGGUAUUCAAAUCCGAAUAAACGCGAUGAGGGGUAUAUCACUUGGUAUAAUGAUGGCGUAGAGUCAUGGACAAUCACUUCUGGCACCAUCGGAGCUGAUUCCACUGUAGAGAUCAGCGAGCGGCUUAUCCCAGAGGAGCCAUUAUACAUCAUCCUCAACCUGGGAAUGUCAUUAUCUUUCCAGGCGCAGGAUUACAAGCACUUGUCCUUCCCGAGUUCGAUGUAUAUCGACUACGUACGGGUGUAUCAACGUUCUGGGACUGAAAACGGGUUGACAUGUGACCCCCCAAAGAGGCCUACCGCAGAUUAUAUUAUUAAUCACGCAGAAGCAUACACCAAUGCUAAUUGGUCGACAUGGGAUGCGGCAGGGUACACGUUCCCCCGGAAUUCCCUCUACGAUGGAUGUUAA